AUGCCGAUCCCCUACCCCAAACGCGAAUUCAUCACCGACGAUGAACCCGAUGAUAAUAAGCAACAGCAGCAAGGAGCAGCAACGAAGACUGGGGGAGUGCCACCACCGCCACCACCACCACCACCACAACAGCAGCAACAACAACCACAACCGCAGCAGCAACAACAACAGCAUCAUCCACAUCAACCGAAGGUUCAACAGCAGUCCACUGGUGGUGUUGUAGGCGGGGGAAGCGUAUUUCGCCUCUUCUUCGGCUCUGCCACCUAUGGUAAGAUGAGUCGUUUCUUUGUCUCAAGUUACUAA